AUGGGACUUUUAUCUUGGCCGUACCCGGAGGAAUCCACUGGAUAUUGGGGGGAAACAACAUCCACUAUCGAUUGGUGUGAACAAAACUACGUCGUGUCCCCUUACAUUGCAGAAUGGGCAAAUACAAUCUCAAACAUCUCUUAUCUAAUUGCUGCACUAUACUCCACUAGAUCUACAUAUCGUAAUGGAUUGGAGCUAAGAUUCUAUUUAAUUGGUGCUGGUUAUGCACUUGUCGGUGUGGGGUCCUCGCUAUUCCAUAUGACGUUACAAUACAGAUUCCAAUUGCUAGAUGAAUUACCCAUGAUUUACGCAAUGAGUAUCCCCGUUUGGAGCCUUAUUUGCGAAACAUUGGACGAAUUUGGUACCGGUAGAGAAAAUGAAAAGAUUAGGGAAAGGAAAAAAUUCAAAGAUGAAAUUUACACAGGUAGUAUCAUCUUUGCCAUCAUUUCAAUCGUCAGCUGGGUCUAUCUGAUGUGGAGAAACACAAACGUUCAUGAGGUCCUGUUUGGUAUCCUAGUGGUCACGGUCGCCUUUACAGCGGGACUAUUAACAUACAGACACGUCCUUUCGUACGAAACUAAAAGAAAUUUAUAUUCAUCAAUGGGAAUAGGUGUUGUGUUUUUCCUCUCUGGAUUUGUAUCUUGGAAAUUGGAUAUCCGUUAUUGUUCAUUUUGGAUCGGGUUUAGAAGAAAUGUACUGGAGUUACCAUUGGGAAUUUUUUUCGAAUUACAUGGUUGGUGGCACAUGUUGACUGGGAUCGGUAUAUAUUAUUAUAUCGUGUAUUUACAAUAUCUCAGAGUGAUAACUUUAGGUAUUGAAAAUGAACAUGUUUUUAUUUGGAGAUGGAAACUGCUACCUGAAUUAAUCCCUAAAGGUAUGGCUGUAGGAACAAAAUAUUCAUUGAAACUUUUUGGACCCAUCGAAAAACAGAAUAUUCCAACAACCGAAUCUCGAAAGACAAAAUGA